AUGUCCUCCCUUUUCGAAGCCGUCCUGCAAUCCGAGGCCGGAUCAACAGCUGGCCGCGCUGCACAAUGGCCUCAAUCAGACCAGCCAUCCAGUUCCCGUCCGCAUUUGCCCUCAGAGAGCAACGGGCCUAUGAGUGACAUGCAGGCACUCCCAGAUGAUGAAGUUGUUGGGGCAUCGAAUGGCGCCGUCAACCGUCUACGGAAUCCAUACGCAAGCGCUCCACCCCCAGUGCGCGAUCUUGCCGGUGAGAAAGUGCAGCAAUCAUUUGAAGAGUUUUUGGAGAAUUAUGUAGACAGUCCUCCCUCGAAUACAAACUCAACGGCUCCAUCCUCGUCGGCACAACACUACAGCGACAAGUACUACAUUUCACAAAUUCAUGGCAUGAAGUCGUUUGAACUUUCUACCCUCUACGUUGAUUACACUCACCUGACGACCGUCGAUAAUCGGAUUCUAGUCGAGGCUAUUGCGAACCAGUAUUACCGCUUCCAACCUUUUCUCAUUCGUGCUCUGCACAAUCUCAUAGCCAAACAUGAGCCGGGAUACUUCGUCUCUCACCGCCAGCCAACCAGCAACUCCUCUCAGCAAAAUGCGUCAAUCGUGGCUGUGAAUUCCAAUGCUAGCGACAUUUCGAGCGAGGAAAAGGCCAUGAAGGAGAAGACACGACACCAGCAGACGGAUCGAGUGUUCUCUUUGGCAUUCUACAACCUGCCAUUAGUGUCUCGACUACGGCAACUACGAACGUCACAUAUAGGAAAGCUGCUGUCGAUAUCCGGAACAGUGACGCGGACAUCAGAAAUCCGACCCGAGCUCUCGUUAGGAACUUUCAUCUGCGAAGGAUGCCGCACUCCUUGUACCAAUAUUGAACAGACCUUUAAAUACACCGAACCCUCGCAAUGUCCAAAUCCGACGUGCGGUAACCGAGUUGGCUGGCGCCUUGAUAUUGGAAAGAGCACGUUUGUUGAUUGGCAGAAGAUAAAGCUCCAGGAAUCUUCCCAUGAGAUUCCUACGGGGAGUAUGCCACGCACAAUGGAUAUCAUCGUGAGAGGAGAAAUGGUUGACCGAGCAAAAGCUGGAGAAAAAUGCAUAUUCACGGGUACAUUGAUUGUCGUCCCCGACGUCAGUCAGCUGGGCUUGCCAGGUGUGCGUCCCGAGGCAAACCGUGAUACCGGCGCUUUCCGUGGAGGAGACGUUGGAGGAGGAGGCGUCUCUGGCCUGAAGUCUUUAGGUGUAAGGGAUCUCACAUACCGCCUUGCUUUCCUUGCUUGUAUGAUCACCCCAGACUUGACAACACCUGGUCAGCGGACGAACCAGCAACUCAGCGGUCAAUCCCAAAAUAUUCUGGCAUCACUAAAUCAAAAUGAUCAACCCCCGGAGGAAGAGGAGCAUGCGCAAGAGGCUCUCCUGCAGACGUUUACCCCUGCAGAAGUCCAGGAACUAAAACAGCUCGUCGAGAGUGAGCACGUCUAUCAACGAUUAGUCAACUCGAUAGCCCCCAUGAUUUACGGUCACCAGUCAAUCAAGAAAGGCCUCCUGCUACAGUUAAUUGGCGGUGUGAGUAAGAGUACAGAACAAGAAGGCAUGCAGCUCAGAGGAGAUAUCAACAUUUGCAUCGUCGGCGAUCCUUCAACAAGUAAGAGCCAGUUUUUAAAAUACAUCUGUUCGCUGCAUCCACGAGCGGUCUAUACCAGUGGUAAAGCUUCCUCUGCGGCAGGUUUGACGGCUUCAGUUGUCAAAGAUCCGGAGACUGGCGAGUUUACAAUUGAGGCAGGAGCUCUAAUGUUGGCUAAUGGAGGAGGAAUAUGCGCCAUUGAUGAGUUCGACAAGAUGGACGUUGCAGACCAGGUUGCUAUUCACGAAGCUAUGGAACAACAAACCAUAUCAAUCGCCAAAGCGGGAAUACACACAACUUUGAAUGCACGAGCUUCAAUUCUUGCUGCCGCCAAUCCUAUCGGUGGUCGAUACAAUCCAAAAAAUACACUCCGCCAAAACCUCAACUUGAGUGCACCCAUCAUGAGCAGAUUCGACCUGUUCUUUGUUGUCAGAGAUGAACCUAAUGAGCAAGUUGACCGAAAUCUAGCUUCUCAUAUCGUCAAUGUUCAUAUGAACCGAGACGAAGCUGUGGAACCUGAGAUCAGCACGGAGCUUCUUCAGCGCUACAUUAGACUUGCCCGAACGUUCAAGCCUGUGUUUACGGAGGAGGCUAAAGUUGUUCUAGUCGAAAAGUAUAAGGAAUUGAGGGCGAACGAUGCCCAGGGAGGUAUUGGCAGAUCGUCUUAUCGUAUUACUGUCCGCCAGUUGGAGUCUUUGAUCCGUCUAUCAGAAGCAGUGGCUAGGGCCAACUGUGUUGAAGAAAUUCUUCCAAGAUUUGUUCGCGAAGCAUACAAUCUCCUUCGGCAAAGCAUUGUCACUGUCGAGAAAGACGACAUCGAAGUUGAAGACGACGAGGAUGAGCAACCUGCACAACAUGGUGAUGGAGAGGACGAAGUGAUGAACGAGGCUCGCGACCGCGAUGGUGACAGCCCCAUGGGAGGUGACGACGAUGAGCCGGUUCCAGAAUCACAACCAGCGGCCCCUUCGCAAAAGACAAAGAUUACAUACGCCAAAUACAUGCAAAUUCUCAACCUACUCGUCCGACGUGUCAACGCUGACGAAUCUGCUUCCGGUAAUGGUGUCGAGCAGAAUGAAUUGUUGACCUGGUACUUGGAGCAAAUUGAGUCGGAAAUCAACAACAACGAGGAGUUGGAGCAGGAACGCAACUUGGCGAAGAAAGUACUGAAACGCAUGGUUAAGGAUAAUAUCCUCAUGCCUAUUCGUGGUCAGGGCCUCAUGGAUGAGACACAGGAUGACGAGCACACCCAACCACCGCAGCAGCUUGUAUACGUAAUGCAUCCUAAUUGCGCGAUCGAGGAUGUGGAAUAA